UGCUUCUUCUAUCCCCUCCCUCUAUCUGUCUGUUUCUCUUUCUUUCUCUCUCUCUCUCUCUUUCUCUCUCCCUAAUCUCUCAGUGAAAUCUUCAACACUUAAGAACUUCUUAAGUGUUUCUGUUACUUUUUGUUUUGUUAAGCAACAAAGUGAACGAAGACCCCCAGCAUCAACAACCAGUUUUUAAAAAAACCCUUUUUUUCUUAACUCAACUCUAUAUUAUUCAAGCAAUCUUUAACUAACCAAGUCGUCUGAAAUUUUGUAAGUAGAUGAUACAAGAAGCACAUCGUCUGGACGAAUGCGGAAUCGUCUACUCAGUCUGCUAAAAAUAAUACUGUGAAUACUCGGAUUCUCGAAGCACUCUGGAGAAAAAAGUCGCAUGCGGUCACAGUCCGAAACCGUGAUCACAGGUCCGUUGGAUAAGAGCUAACCUGCAGCUAUACAGCACACGGAGACUAUCGAUAUCGUAGCCGUAGUCGUUUUCAUUUUGUCAUCAUCAUCAUCAUCGUCGUCAUCAUCAUCAUCAUCAUCAUCAUCAUCAUCUCAUCAUCAUCUCAUCAUCAGCAUCAUCAUCAUCAAGACGGAAAAACUAUAUCUCCGUCGCCACUGUCGCUGUUACAUACUACUACUACUACUACUACUACUACUACUACUACUACUACUACUACUACUACUGAGACUUCGUGCUUCGGACACUGAUCGCUUUUAAGUGAUUGCUGUGAUAGUAACAGCAGAAAUACUUACUUACUUUACUGUAUUAAACGGUAGCAACGACAGCGAUCGCAGUUUGUUAUAUCAUCAGCUCCGACAACGCCAUCGAUUGCCGUAGCAGCAAAAACACAUCAUCACCACACCAUCGCCACCACCACCACCACCACCACCAACAACAACAACAACAACAACAACAACAACAACAAACAUUCCAGCAAUUUAUCUGUUGUUAACAUCAGUGGCAGUUACAUAGCAAGCCUGCUACCAUCACCGUCGCUAGAACAGCAUUAGCUCUGGUAUUUCUUGCGUUUACUUCAUUCAUUGUAUUGCUGCAGCAACGGCCCAAACGAGGUCGGGUGUCUAGCGAAAUGUCUCUUAAAACUGACGACAGCGGUCUCACAUGGAGGACAGCAGGUGGACAAACAGAGACAAUCCCUUUUGCCGAUGUCAUAAAAAUUUGCUACCAAGAUGAACCUGACACAAAGAAAACAAGUUCUACCAGUAAGAAAGUCAAUUAUUUUGGUAAGACAAAAGGAUCCCCUAGUAUAAAAAAAUGUGCUGCAGACUUGACAGAUGAUACUCCUGUUAAAACAGAGCCUGUCAAUGACUCCAGGGACAAGCUCAGCUCUGUCAAGCAUAGUGUUGAGGACAGUGAAAAGAUGGUUGCACCAGCAGUGGAGGAUCUUAAGUUAAUUGAUAGCAACAGUCAAACUUUAGUGCUGUCAUAUAUCAAACAUGGUGCAAACAGGCGCAUGUUCAUCUCAGAAGAGAACUUCACAAUGGAACCACAAGAAUCACAAGAAGUACUUCAGACAGUGAAGGAACGCUUGAAGAAUGUUCAGCGACCUCGUAAACUCAUGGUUCUAGUCAACCCCUAUUCUGGAGCAGGAAAUGCCUCAAAGAUACUUUCCUCUGCUAAGUCUAUAUUUGAAAUUGCUGGAAUAAGCUGCGAUAUCACAAUUUUAUCUGAAACAAAUGACCUACCAACUGUUAUACAGAACAAGGAUCUAGCUCAAUUCAAUGGUGUAGUAGUAGUUGGAGGAGAUGGUUCAGUAAGUCAAACAGUGACUUGCCUGAUGCAAAAAGUUCAGAAGGAUGAUAGCAUUGAAGUAGAUGAUCCACCAUCAAAUCCGGGAAAGCAGUGUCCCUUACCUAUUGGAAUUAUACCUGCUGGUACUGGUAACAUGAUGGUAAAGAUGUUACACGGCAAUGAUGAUAUCAUAACAGCAACACUUCACAUAAUACGAGGAUUUCACCAAUCCAGCAACAUGUACAGCAUUUAUCAAGAUGGUGAAUUAUCCCUGUAUUCGGUCCUCAUGAUAGGCUUUGGAUUUUCAGGAGAGUUAAUCAAGUCCUCUUUGAGCAAGAAAUGGAUGGGUUCUGCCAAGUAUUUGUUUUCGCUGUUGGCCUGUUUAUUUUCAAAACGACAACCUCUGAAGUUGAAGCUGUCCUACAGAUUAGUUCGGGACACUGAUACCAGUUGUGAAAUUGAUGGAGACACCGACAACAUCAACGCAAGCAGAGCAAAUGAGGAAGAGGAAAAAUGGGUAACUAUUGAAGAUGACGUCCAAGGAAUUGAAAGUUUUUUGGUGUCCCUCAUGGAAUCUGGUCCCACGUUGAAGUACAGCUUUGGUGAGAAUAGUGGCCAGCUAUUCAUUAUAAAAAAAUGUUCCUUAGGUGAACAUAUGAAGUUUUACAGUCAUUUGAAGAAUAAUAAACCAUCUGUGUUUGGCCUGAAUUAUGUAGACUGUGUACAGAUGUCCUCAUGUAGGAUCGAACUUGUUGAGCCAAACCUCAUCAGCAAUCGAAAUGUGUACCUGAACUGUGAUGGGGAGUUAUUAACUAUAACAUCAAAUGUAAUUGAUAUCAGGUUUCAUUAUUGUGGCUUGAGGAUAUUUAGCAGUCCAACUUAAAGACAUUAUAUCAGUGGAAGAAUUACAUACGUGAAGACAGCACCCGUACUCUGUUUGAUUUAAAAUCAUAGGGCACAUCAUACCGACUAAAAUUUUAUAUAUAUGCAUACAUAUAUGUGCAUGUACGUAUAUACGCAUGUAUGCUUAUCUGUUUGUGUCUGUGUAUGCAUAUAUAUAAUACGGAUGGCUUACCCUUUUACUCUUUUACUUGUUUCAGUCAUUUUGUCUGUGGCCAUGCUGGGGCACCGCCUUUAGUCGAGCAAAUCAACCCCAGGAUUUAAUCUUUGUAAGCCUAGUACUUAUUCUAUCGGACUCUUUUUGCCAAACCACUAAGUUACGGGGAUGUAAAUACACCAGCACCGGUUGUCAAGCGAUGUUGAGGUGACAAACACAGACACACAAACACACACUCAUAUAUAUAUACAUAUACAUAUAUAUGACGGUCUUCUUUCAGUUUCCGUCUACCAAAUCCACUCACAAGGCUUUGGUCAGCCCGAGGCUAUAGUAGAAGCUACUUACCACACAGCCACUCCUGCGCCUUGUUAGUAAUUUUUCAACCAAAAGGCUAAAAUAUAUGUCACUAAAGCAAUUGAGAGUGCUAUUCAACACCAUUAUUGCUAGAAAUAAGAGUCAAAAAACAACUCAUAAUUACAAUAACACACCAUCUUAUUUAUAUAUAUAUAUACAUAUAUAUAUAUAUAUUGACUUUUAAGUUUCUAUAGAUUUCCUAUAGAAUUCAGAAACAGGUCUGCAAGUUGUGAAGUUUUGUAUCUUAAUACAUCUUUGUUUUCAUAGAUGUAUUUCUUUAUGAAAUAUCAUAAUUUGCAGUGCAGUGUCAGGGCUGAGUUCUAUCAGAAAUUUAUAAACUCAAAAGUGAGUAUACUGCACUGCUAACAUAAGAUAAGACACAACAUUGACUUGUAAACCUUUUAAUAUACUUGGUAGUAUGUUUUGGUUGCAAAACAAAACACAGUGACCUUGCCAGCUUUUAAUAUAUAUAUAUAUAUAUAUAUAUUGAUAAUGAUAGAAAGAAAAAUUAGUUAGAAGUAAUGGAGACAUCACUUCUUUAUUUAUUUAUAUACAGAUAUAAAAAGUCUUUGAAUUUUGCUAAGGAAAUAAAAUAAAAUACUGAUUGACUUCCCAAACAAAAUGUGACCCUUAGGAAAAUUCAAAGGCUUUUAAAUAGAAAAAGAAAGAAAAGAUACCUCCAAUACAGCUAAUGUUUCUUUCUGUCAUUAUUAAUAUAUGAUUCUGUUCAUUACCAUUACCCUUUAUUUGUACAUAUACAUACAUUAUUAAUAACCUGCUGUUAGAACUCAAUACAUAUAUGCUUCAGAAUAAAGUGUGAGACAAACACAGAGUGUAAUAUGAAAUUAAUGGAAUGACAAAGGAACAGGAGUUAUGUACUCAACUUCAUUAGCUUCUCAUCAUUCACAUCUUUAUCUGGCCUAUCCCAUGACCCAUACACUUCUUUCCGUGACUCUCUAAGGAUUCGUCACCACACUGUCUAUUCCUCUCUUCCAGUCCCCUUUCCCUUACAUCUUCCGUCCAUGCUCACCGAUAUAAUUCACUAAUUUAAAUUUUUCGCAUACUUUUUCUAGAAAGUUAUUGGCCGUCUUCCGUCCUUUUUGAUAGGUCAUGAUUUUGUCUUGUUGGAAUUCCAGCAAACUGCCUCACUUGACUAGCCUACGGUAAGUGAUGGUUUAGUCACCAAUGACCUGACCCUGUAACAGGUUGUACUGGAUUAUAUGUUACUAAUAGCAUUCAUAAGAGACCUAACUAUAUAUAUAUAUAUAUAUGUAUAUAUAUAUAUACAUAUAUAUAUACAUAUAUAUAUAUGUACAUAUAUAUAUAUAUAUAUAUAUAUAUAUAUAUAUAUAUAUAUAUAUAUAUAUACAUACCUACACACACUCAUACAGAUGUAGAGGAGUCAUGAACUGUUCAACUGGCCAGCAUUCAGAGAUUAUAAACAAUGGAAUGGACUCAUAGACUACAAGCAUGAUCACAUAAUUGAAGACAACAGUGCUUUGGAAGCUAAAGCUAAACAUUAUGAAAAAUAUAUCAUUGCACUAAGAAUUAAACCUUUAAAUCUUCAGCCAUUCAUCAUUAUGAAAUUACAGCUCCCACUCUAAGUGGAUUUUGCAAAGACAAUCAAUAAAUUUCAAUGUCAAUCAUUGAAUAAAAUAAGUAUUUGACUGAUACAAUUACAUUGUUAAUUGUAUGCCACUUUAUCAAGAAAAAUAUAGUUACACUAGCAAAAAAGUCAGAAACAUUGUAUACACUAAAGAUUUAAAACUAUUUUCCGCAUCAAGAUAUUUAAUCCAGAUAAACUUAUGGAUGCAUAGUAUCCAUGCUGCACUCCAUUUUAUUAUACAUCAGAUAAUUAGCAACAGGCUUGCUAACUGACAUUAAUCUAUGUUAAUUAACUUUUAAUCAAUGAAACUUUCUAAUUUUUUUCGUCGCCUUAUUUACUAUCUUUUAUACAUUUCCUUUUUCAUAUCACCAUCAUUAAUAAUGAUAACUGCUGUGAAGGGGAUGCCAGCAAACGAGUGACUAUACACUUGGUUUAACUGUACAGUGAUGCUAUCAUUGACUUAUGGGAAUACUUUUUUUCUCUGCUAUUUACACAUGUCAUAUAUAUAUCAAUAUCUUUUUCUCCCUUCUGGAAAAUUGUCACACAAAAUAUGAGUAUAAUGAAUGAGUAUUUUGAAUUAAAAAAAAAUAUUCACAAUGGUA